GGCCAUAGUUACAUGUUCUUAUACCUCAUUGCAUAAUCUCUCAUUCGCAAGCACGUUCAGUUACCAGAAUUGUCUAUUGCUCCUUUGUCAACACCCUCGUCAUGUCAAACGCCCUGCUUUUAAGGUUAUUUACAUCAGAAUAUUUCAACGCCUGGAUAGCCAUUUCAUACAUUUUUAAAUACCCGGAUAAUGUUGGUAUACAGCACUAUCUCUGUAAUCAGUUAAAGAAGUUUCCCAUGGCCGAGAUUGAGUUCUUCCUACCUCAGCUGAUUCAACAUUUGUAUCAAACCUAUCGCUUUAGGCAUUUAUUAAUCACCCGUCCUACCGAAUCGGUGGCACUUGAAUGUUAUAUUAUUGAUGCAUGCGAAAAGUCAACCCACAUUGCGGUCAUGAGUCUUUGGUAUCUACAAGCUUAUUUGUCCGACCUAUCAGCACAGCCUAACAGUUCCUCAUUUCAACUAUGCAAACGAAUUCUGAAUCGAUGUCAGGCCAUUAUUUUUCAGGAAGAUAGUAGGUUGAAUAACGAAGAAGAGAAUAGUCCUCACUACAUGGAGCAGAUAGAGCAAGCACAAAGAGUCAGAGAAAACUGUAGACCCGCCUUAGUGGGUAUGGGUGCGAUGUUAGCGGGUAUCGGUCAACCCUUAGUGACCAAGCCCGUCGGUAACAUUGCUAUUGCUCAAGGACGAAAGUCACGAAAUUUCUCCAUGGUAAGCUCUUCGGAUGCUUCCAUCAUGAGUCGAAGAAAUAGUCUCGACAAACAGGGUUUCUAUUCCGCUUCCCAACCUCAACUUCCCAUACAACAGCAACAGCAACAACAACAACAACAACAACAACAACAAGAUCAUCGUCCACAAGUAUCACCUCAGCAGCAGCAGUCGCCGCAGAAACAACCUAAAAGAAGCAGCAGUAGCCGGCCGUUAUCCACCUCUUCUUCGCGCUCUUCCAUAGCCUCUGCCUUUCUGAAAGAUCAUCGAUUCAGUGUUUCUGUUGAAGAUUUGCAUCAGGGCAAAGCAUUCAGCGUCACUAAAUAUUUAAAGGAAACACAGCAAAAGAUACAAAACACGGUACGAUCGACCUUUCAAAACAACACGGACGACGGUGAAUUAGCCCCUCAUGGAGCACGGAAGGCAGGAUUUACAUUGGGCCCCAGUAGCAGCAGUAGCAGUCGAAGCAGUGGAAGAAAUAGCACGGAUUAUUUAUCCAUCAAAAAGAAAAAGGCACACACAACACAAGGAGGCGCCAACAACAUGAAAGCGAUGGCUGAAUCAUCCGUACCUGUUUUGACGCCUGAUGAAACCUUUGGACAAAUCACCUCCUCGGACGAAGAGGUGGAAGGUGAGAGUGAUCAUGAUAGCCGAGCCCUUCAUCAUCCACAACCACGACGACGACCCAACUUAUGGCAAGGCGCUGUGUCUUCCGAUGAGGAGGACGACGACGAUGAAGUGGAUGCUUUGAAAAAAUUGAGCCUGGAUGAUCGCCGCCAUCUCCUGCGCUCCAACUAUUUUCGAUCUGAAAUGCAGUUUCUUUUAGCGCUUGUCGAUAUCGCUUCACGAUUAGUCAUUGUGCCUAAACCAGCUCGUUUAAGUGCACUUCAUGCUGAACUGACGCUCUUGAAUCACAAUUUACCAGCAGAAAUUUGCAUGCCCCUGUGGUGUCCGGCCACAGUAGAACGACCGUAUCAUCAUCGCAUUGUCCGUAUCAGUCCAUCCGACGCGGUGGUCCUCAAUUCUGCUGAAAGGGCGCCUUAUUUAUUGCUGAUAGAAGUGUUGGAUGACGAGCUUAGUCUAGAGGAGGGUGUGAAAUCCUCACUCAGCAAAUUGAAAAAACACAACAAACGACGUAGUCGGCAAACGCUAAGGAAACAAUUCCAGUCGUUAGAAGAAUGUAGCAGUGAUGUCGUGGAUCUUGCUGACCUUGGUUCACCCACCAGUAUUCGCAGCUAUGAUACGGCCAGCCCUUCUUUAUCUACCACAACAAACGCAUCGGUGACAUCCACAGCCUUGGGCGGAAAGGGUGGCGGAGCAUGGGAAGUGGCCGCAUCAGAAACCAACUCGGCUGCUGCUGCUGCUGCCUUGGACAGUAAACAAGACGGUUAUGAUCCGGACGAGUUUGCCGAAAAAAUGAAAACAGCAGCUAUUCUGCUUGCUCAACUGCAACGGGGAAACCAUCCGACACCUAUUCAGCCAGAGGGCAAGAACAUUAUCAACAGUCCCGCCAUACGGGCCAAUGCAGAAAACAUUCGACAAAAAAUCAUCACGGAAAUGAUGGCGCUCGAAGACGAACGUAUGGAGAAAAUGGUGAUUGAGGGUGUCGACAAGGGCGUUGGGGGCGGCAGCGGGGAGGAAGCAGGAAAUGGUAAACACUUGGACGAUGAACAACGCGUCGCCAUGGUCAUUAACAAGGAAGAUCCGAGUGCUGCUGUCUUUUCUGAAGAUUGGGAGACGAAAAAAGAACGCAUUCGCGCCUCUUCACCCUACGGACAUUUACCCAACUGGCGAUUGAUCUCUGUCAUUGUCAAAAAUGGCGCUGAUUUACGACAAGAGCAAUUUGCUAUCCAACUGAUACGCGAAAUGCAGAAAAUUUGGCAAGAUACAAAAGCGGGCGUCUGGGUCCAGUAUAAUAGAAUCUUGGUCACUUCGGAUGACUCGGGUUUAGUAGAAACGAUCAAAAAUGCAAUUUCUAUACACUCGAUCAAGAAAGAAGCGUACACAAGAAAAUGGAAUGAUACAGGAACUGUUUUUACCUUAAAGGACUAUUAUGUUCGACGAUGGGGACAACCGGAGAGUGGCCGCUAUAAAGCAGCACAAGACGCGUUCAUGAGAAGUUUGGCGGGUUAUUCGAUAGCCUCCUACAUUAUGCAAAUCAAGGAUAGACACAACGGUAAUCUACUCAUCGAUGACCAGGGACAUAUCAUACACAUCGAUUUUGGUUUCAUUCUGUCCAACUCUCCUGGAUCAGUGGGCUUUGAAAUGGCACCGUUCAAGCUUCCUCAAGAAUACAUAGAUAUCUUGGGAGGCGUCAAUAGCGAGAAAUUUGCAGAAUACAAAGCUUUGACAAAAGAAGCGUUCUUAGCACUGCGCAAACAUAGCGAUAAUCUAUUACUACUCGUCGAUAUGAUGUCGAAAGAUUCCAAAUUACCCUGUUUCCAGCACGGCGGUACUCAUGCAUUAGCGGCACUGCGCGAUCGUUUCCAAUUACAUUUAACAGAACCACAAGCGGAAGCCUUUGUAGACAAGUUGAUCAUGAGCAGCUGUUGCAAUGUUUUUACUAGACUUUAUGAUACCUUUCAAUAUUACUCACAGGGUAUCUUGUAAUUAAAUAAUGACCCAAAAUCUCUUUUAAAUCACCCUACUUCAUGCAAUUUAUUUGUUAUUUAAAGUACAUUUAUAAUAAUCACUUAAUGGCCCAUCAUGACACCACCAUCCUCUCUCACCAUU